AUUUCGUUAUGAUCGCAUUUUGAGCCACUUAGAAAACGCAGGCAGUGAAGCAAUUGCUGUGGAUAUAGUGCCACAGUGAAAGCAGCUGAAUAUGCAUACAUACUAGCUGAAAUGAUGCUUGAAAGACGAAAAUUUUUUUCCUGUUGGAGGCUCUAACAAUGUCACACUCCGCAUCUACCCACCUAUUUAGGUGCACGUCGCUAUAUAAUGAGUGAGAUAAUGUUUCAAUUAUAUAUGAUGAAGGGUCUAGCGCAAUUGUGUAGCUGCCCGAUUCACAUAUUCUCUUAUUAUUGAAUGCCAGAAAAUAGAUCAUCAAAAUAAAGAGAGUCGACUGGCUGAAUUAUGGAAGUGCUGGGCGCCAUCGCGGCGACAGGCCAGCUCGUUGGAACCGUAUUUAGUAUUCUUGAUUCGAUUGCUCAGUUACGAGACUUCCUUAAACAUGCUCCGGCUCGAUAUCAAGGUUGGCGAGACGAAUUGGAGAGCCUCAGCGCGACGAUAUCUGGUAUUCGUGACGACUCGUCGCUCCACACGUGUCAAGUUGGUCGAAUUAUAGAAGCGAUGGAACCCAAAAUCGAUGUGUUGAUUCGUUUUUGUGCCCGAUACUCUUUGCAGCCAAAGCCCAAACUGAUUAAAAAACUGCAGAGAGCAUUUUCGGCUAGGAAAGCCGAAGCUCGAAUUCUUCAAAACUUUGAAUCUCUAGAAAGGGACAAGACAGCUCUUAUCCUCACCAUUACCACACAGAAAAAGGCGAACUCAGUCAGACAUCCUCGUCAGAGCAAUCGAAGUACCAUGUCGGAUCCAAGAAGAGAAGGUUUCGAAGGCCCGCACGGCUCGCCCCGUUCCAAAAAAGACGAUCGUGAUUAUUAUAGAGCAUCACCUCAGGGCCAUUACAGGCCCUCCACUGAUUAUACCAACUACCCCGAAGUUGUUCAAUGUCCCUCACCCCAGCCGACAACCAUAUAUAGCACCGAGAGUCCUAGACCUGUACAGGAGUCAAACAGACAACGAAGUGUGUUUAAAAACGUCAAACGAACAGGACACAAUUGCCUUUUCGGUGAUACAACAGGAAAUGGAGUAGAAGUUGACGGUUAUGACGCUUGGGGAAACGGCAAUAUUGAGGGGACCCAUUCUGAUAGAGCCGCAUCAACCUGGACCGCUCAUGUCCAGUCCCAAUCCCAAGCCCAGUCUCAGCCUCAGCGAGCGGAACCGCUGCCUCUAAGUAGGAACCGUUAAAUAAGGGACCGGUAGCGCCCAACUCAGCCUCAAUGCAGGAAAUGUUUACGUACAUACACACACCCCUGUUUUCAAGAAGCGGUGAAGGGACCCAGCCCGGCGAAACGGAACGAACGCAAUGAUAUCAUUGAUGGGAAAAUUGGAUUACUGCUUUCUUCUCGUGAUGCCUCUAUUGGUUUUAACUUACUUCUAUUUUACCUAUCAUAGAAGCACAUAAGCCUUUCUCUUUCUCAUAAGUAGAUUGAUAUGAUCGCAAUGGCGGUAAUCUUCAACAUUUCUACUUAGACAUCUGGAUAUUUAAUUCGCCCGAUCCCAGAACAGCCGAAAGUCGCGUGGAAUACUUUCCUAGUCAAUACGCAAGCCACUGCUGUCGAUCUU